CUAUUCCCAGGAGGGGAAAAAAGCGGGAACAAUGGCUUUCGGGACAGAGGGACGCGAACACCCAAUGCCGCAGCGACUGGCAGGGUCGCGAUGCAGGAGGACGAAGUGGGAGAAGGGGCACUUCGGCCUCCCUGCGGGCGGGAGCUAGGCCGCUGGAAAGUCCGCUCGCCUCUCGCCCCAAGGGAUGAUCCCCUGGGCCUUUUGUACCACUCGCCACAGAAAAUGGUCACAGGCUUUUCUCCCCAAACCGAACACUAUUGGAAACACAGGGCCCCUGGAAGCCGCCACGUUGGCCAUUGGCGGUGGCGCACCCACCCCCGUGCUACUGCGCGUGCGCAGCGCUGCGACACACUCCAACCCCAUCCCGCGUUCCCAGGGGGCGGUGGGAAACGGAAGUGCUCGGCUGACCCGGGCGGGCGGUUCCUAGUUCGCAGUAGCUGUUGUCGUCGGUCUCUGAGGUUUCAGGCUCUUGGCGGUGAAGGUCAGAGUGCAGACCUGAGACCACAGCUACACCGACUUCAGACUCCAGUUUAUCUGUGCCUCGGCUUCCUCACUUAGUCUCAGAAGACUUAGGCUGAGGCCCCAGGAGGAGAUCUCCAUCCUUUGUCCAGAGCAGAACAGGAUGGCCAUGUCCCAGGAAUCAUUGACCUUCAAGGACGUGUUUGUGGACUUCACCCUGGAGGAGUGGCAGCAACUGGACUCUGCCCAGAAGAACCUCUACAGGGAUGUCAUGCUUGAGAACUACAGCCACCUGGUGUCCGUGGGGUAUCUAGUUGCGAAGCCAGAUGUGAUCUUCAGGUUGGGACCAGGAGAAGAGUCCUGGAUGGCAGAUGGAGGGACCCCGGUACGGACCUGUGCAGAUGUAUCCAUUUUUGCCUCAUGUAUUUUGAAGUGCUGUUAUUAGAAGUCUGGCAAGUUGAUGAGCAGAUAGAUUGCUACAAGGAAAGCCAAGACAAACUUCUGUGGCAAGCUGCAUUCAUAGGCAAGGAAACACUGAAGGAUGAAAGUGGUCAAGAAUCCAGAACAUGUAGAAAAAGCAUUUAUCUGAGCACAGAAUUUGAUUCUGUAAGACAAAGACUCCCUAAAUAUUAUUCAUGGGAAAAGGCAUUCAAAACAUAAUUUAAACUUUCUUAGUCAAAAUAGAAGCUAUGUAAGAAGGAAAGAUGAUGGAUGUAAGGCGUAUUGGAAAGUAUGCCUCCAUUCUAAUCUUCAUAAAGCUCGACCUGCAGAGAGAUUUUUUGACCCUAAUCAACGAGGGAAAGCCCUCCACCAAAAGCGAGCCCUUAGAAAAAGUCAGAGAAGUCAAACCGGGGAGAAACUCUACAAAUGUACUGAAUGUGGAAAAGUGUUUAUCCAGAAAAGAAACUUAGUUGUACAUCAAAGAACUCACACCGGAGAGAAACCUUAUGAAUGC